CCACGCACCCCUCCUCAUCGGAAAGGGCAAAAACCUCUCAAAGCCUGUCUCAAGUCUGGUCCCAGGAAUCCGUUUGCACCAACAAAGGCCGCCAGAUUCGCGAAGAGGGAAGCAAGCUGCAUCAUCACGGAUGAGCCGUACUAUCCCCACAUCCGGACUAAGAAGCAGUGGGAGGCAGACACGAAGAAAGACCGGGAGGAGCGCGUAGCGCUGCUACACCAGAAGGCGAGGUCGGAGCCGCCCCAGUGGGUGAAGUGCCAUGACAUGUUGAUGGAUACUCCCAUGUUUGGCAUCUCCGAGAAGCAAGACAUCGAGGCCACUCGGCUUACCAUGGCGGAACUCGAGCUUGACGAGCAACUCGAGUUCGCG